AUGUCUCCUGUGUUUGUGGGGAUUGGGACUGGUUGGCGUCCUGCCGUGCGCCACUGGACACGCUCCUCUUUCACCGGGAAACAGCUGAGAGUCUGCAUCCCACCUGAAUCCCCCAACAAGGAGUUGGUCUUGGUUAUCGGGGAUUCACAUCUCAGAUCCUUCGUGGAGAGAGAUGUGGACAUCAGAGCAGAUGGCCCAUACUCCUUUGGGUACAUUUGCUCCCCUGGUGCUACAUCUGACACCUUGGAGACUGACGUACGCCAUUCCACUGUCGACCAACGCGUGUCAAAAUGUGUGGUGCUGGCUACGGGCAACGACUCUUCCACCAGGGGCCAGACAGUGGAGCGGGCACAGAAGAACUUCCAGAGUCUUCUGUCUACAGUAAAACGUCUUUGCCCAAAGACAUGUGUGGUGGACUUCCCUGCUCGUCAUGUGGUUAGUGUGACCAAGCAGAACCAGUUUCGUGAAGCAUACAAGGCAGCAGCAGAGGUAGAAGGGCUGCAGUAUGUCUCCUGUGUGCACCACUUCGCUAUGAAGAACCUGCGUCUCUGGGCUAAGGAUGGUAUCCACCUCAGUGUACCUGAAGGCAUGCGAGUCUUGUCAGACUUGAUCUGUAAGGCCAUCAGGGAUCUGUCUGAGAGCACCGUGGAUUCUGCCCACCCAAGCCCGAAGACACCUGCCGCCCCGUGUGUGAAGCCCCUGCCGAAGACCCCAGAUGUGGUUGUGACCUGUCCCACAUCCAGAGCAGUCCAUGUCCCAUCUACCACUCCACAGACUGACUCUGAGGGCUGGGAAUUUGGAAAGAAGAGUCUACAGUCGACUGCCACCAGCACAAGAAAUGUUCCCCUGCGACAGGUCACCGGUCUGUGUGCUAUUCCCGUGUCUGCUGGCCGCUUUGCUGUUUUGUCUGCACCGCAGAAGACUCCUGCAACCUCAAAGAGCCCAACUACCCUGGCAACAAAGAAGCUGGAGACAACUGUGGCAGAGACGCCAGUCAGACCUGCUAUCAACACAGCACCGACAGAAGAUCAGCAGGUGCAGACUGAUGCUGUUUCAGUGAUACCACGUCCAUCUACCUGCACAGAGGCUGAAGUGACUGUAGAGCUGGUGAAGCCUGAUGUGAAGAGACCCAGGAGGACCUCCAGUCCUGUUCCCAGAGAAGCAGAUGUGCAGGUCCCAAUGAAUAAGGUCUGCUGUGGAAAGCAAGUCCCUGUCGUCAGACUGCAGCGGCUGUCACCCAAAGCGGGCAAAGCAAAAGUGGCCAAGAAGGAUUCCUGCCAUGAAAAACAAGCAUCUGUCCAACUGCAGCCUCUGCAGCAUGAAGACAGCAAAGCUAAGUCUCCUCACUUUGAUAAUAUUGUUGGGUCAUUUCAUCAAGGACACACAAUAUUUAAUCCAGAAAGUAGAGGAAAGCAGUGCACGGCCAUUGCUUUGGCUGCAAUUGUUAAACACACAUACCAGCGAGAGGUGUAUAAAUGGUCUCAGAAAGAUCUAAACAUGACUUUAUUGGAAGGUGAUCGCCUGUACAGAAGGAAGAAGCCAGCUAUUACUGGGGGUCACUUUUAUUUGGGAGCUUUUGAUUUUAAAAAUGAGGAGAAGUUGUUUGGCAAGACGUUUUGUUUGAAUAUUGUCCCUGUUAUGGGACGUGUGCUUUCAGUCACCAUCCCUUUUGAGAAAGUAUGCUUUGUUACUUUGAAGACAGCUCUGGAAGAACAUCUUGCUACUGACAACGCUUGUCUCUUCACCAUGUUAGCCACUACAUAUGCUAUUAUUGCUAAAAAUGGCAUGUAUGCUAUUGUGGACUCCCAUGCACGCAGUAAAUCUGGGAUGGUAGAUGGUAAUGGUUCAAGUGUUGUUGUCUUCUUCAAGCGCAUCAGUGAAGUUUACUACCACCUAAUCCAACUUGCAGGAGGAUUUGGUGUGCCAAAUGUUCAGUUUGAGCUUAAUAAUGUGACAGUGAGUUUGAAAGGUGAGAGUGAAUGUGAUGGUGUGCCUGCUGAACCUGCAGCUGUUGAGAGUGGAUAUAUCACCAGAUCAAGACAUGCAAACGAAGGGGCCUUCAGUGCAAUUCCUGACGAUACUAUUGGCAGAUCACAUGAUAAUAAAAAGAUCAUUUUGUCAAAGCAUUUAAGGAAAAGGAAGGCACAGACGGACAGAGAAUGUAAAAUGGUGAAAUAUCACAACGAGGAGGAAUAUCGAUUGAACGCAAUAGAAAGCGGUAUGGAGAAAUACCAAAAAAAUUUGGAAUAUAAAGACAAAUUGAAAGCACACAGUUACAAAAAAUACAAAACGGACGUGGAACAUCAAGAGAAAUUGAAAGGAUACAGCAAGGAAAAAUACCAAACCAACCUGGAACGUCAAGAGAACUUGAAAGGAUACAGCAAGGAAAAAUACAAAAGCAACCUGGAACAUCAACAGAAAGUGAAAGCAUACAGCAAGGACAAAUACACAACUGACCUGGAACAUCAAGAGAAAGUGAAGGCAUACAGCAAGGACAAAUACACAAAAGACCUGGAACAUCAAGAGAAAGUGAAAGCAUACAGCAAGGACAAAUACACAACUGACCUGGAGCAUCAAGAAAAAGUGAAGGCAUACAGCAAGGACAAAUACACAACUGACCUAGAGCAUCAAGAAAAAGUGAAGGCAUACAGCAAGGACAAAUACACAACUGACCUAGAGCAUCAACAAAAAGUGAAGGCAUACAGCAAGGACAAAUACACAACUGACCUAGAACAUCAAGAGAAAGUGAAGACAUACACUUGUGAGAAAUACAGAAAAGACUUGAUACACCAAAAUAAAGUCAAAUGUGAAAGUAUCAAAAAUUAUAAAGCAAAUCCUGAUCUUCGACAAAAAUUGAAAUCAAUAAAUAAAGCCAAAUACCACAAAGACAGUGCUUUCAGACAUAAUGUCCUGGCUAAAAAACGAUUCAAAAGAAAUCAAGAUAAAGUACUAACUGAUCAGAUUAAUUCUAUAAUGAAUGAGUUUUUAAAGAAAUCAAAUGAUGGACCUGAAUUUGUUUGCUGUGUAUGUUUCCGAUCCAUGUUUAAAGCAGCAGUAGUUCCAUACAAACAAAAGAACUACAAAAACAAAGCAGCUCAAUUAACGGCAGAAACAUGUGUCUCGGAUGAGUAUUUGCAUAAAUGUACCUCUGAGUGCAAUACACCAUGUUCAUUACAAGAAUCAAGAGGUGAGCUUUGGAUGUGCAAGGUUUGUCAUUCAAAGAUCCGAAGAGGUGUAACCCCAGCAGAAUGGUGGGGAAACAAUUUACAACUGGAUUCAAUUCCUCUUGAGUUAUCUUGUUUGAAUCAUCUGGAAAAACAUCUGAUUUCUUUAAACAUUCCAUUUAUGAAAGUGUUAGCUUUACCAAAGGGUGGUCAAAAUGGAUGCCACGGACCAAUUUUUUGCAUCCCUUCUUCAGUAAAUCAUACUUGUUCUGUUUUGCCUCGGUCAAAUCUAGAAGGUUGUCUGUUACGUGUUAAAUUAAAGCGCAAGCUGUCUUACAAAGGACAUUAUGAAUAUCACUUUGUCGACACAAAUCACCCAAAAGAAGCACUUAAAUAUUUAAAGGAAAACAAUCAAUAUUAUCAAGACAUAGAAAUAAAUGAAGAAUGGGUGAAUGAGUUUGCUAAAGAAGACGACUCUAAUGAUAAUUCACAAAAAAGCAUCUCGAACAAUAAUUCAAAACAACCUGAGUCUCCUGAUGAAGAAGAUGAAACUCUACAUGACCGGCAAAACCACUGUAUUUAUCAAGAUUCUUGUUCCAUGCCUGUUGAUCUUGGUCAAGAAACUCUUGAUCAAGGUUUUGAAGAUAUAAUCAAUCUGGCACCUGCUGAAGGAAACAAUCCUGUGCGUAUUUUGUCAGAUAAAGAUAAUGAAGCAAAAUCCUUUCCAUAUCUUUUUCCAUCAGGGAACAAUACAUAUCAUACGCCCAGACAGCACUACUUGACAUUGGCACGAUAUUUUAAUAACAGAAUAUUGCACGCUGAUGGAAGGUUUGCAAAGUGCGUUGAAUACAUUUUUUUUGCACAGUACAUGUCAGAAGUUCAGCAAGUUAUUCAACAAGUAUCAAUAGCAUCACGCAAAGGACACACAAACCCUGCAGGCAAAAAAGACAAUGCUCCACAAAACAUCGAGUCUUUGCAGGACAUCAUUAAGAGUGAUGAAGGAUAUCGUUUUCUAAGGCCAAUUAGAGGUACUCCAAGCUUUUGGCAAGGUGCACAAAAGGAUUUACUUGCCAUGGUGCGGAAUCUGGGGAAACCAACUUUCUUUUGCAGUUUUUCUUCUGCAGAUUUGCGCUGGGGAGGGCUUUUAAAUUCAAUUUUGAAGCAAGAGGGGAGAACUGAAACUUCUGAGAGUCUGGAGUAUGCUGAAAGGUGUGAACUGUUGCGUAAUCGCCCUGUCACUGCAGCACGCAUGUUUGACUACAGGUGGCAUCUCUUGUUGAAUUACGUGUUACUAUCUUCAUUGAAUCCAAUUGGAAAGAUUAAAGAUUACUUUUAUCGUGUAGAAUUUCAACAACGUGGAUCACCCCAUGUACACGCUUUAUUUUGGAUUGAAGAUGCUCCUGAAAUUGGAAAAAACACAGAUGAAGAAGUGGUGCAAUUCAUCAACAAGUACAUAACGUGUGAAAUACCCACACAAGAUCAGCAAUUAGCUGAAACUGUUACCUCCGUGCAGCAACAUUCUCAACGGCAUUCGAAAACCUGUAAGAAAAAGAAUAUAGCCUGCCGGUUCAAUUUCCCACGCCCUGUAUCUGAACGUACUUUCAUCACCAAAAAACAGAAAAUACCAAAGUGCCAAGGUGACACUGCAACAAACAGCCAAGAACAAAAAAAAGACACUGUUGAAUGCAUAUGCUCUCAGAAUGAACAGAACUUUAUGAAAGAAGAGGAUGCAAUGAAAAUACUGUCAACUGUUAAAAAAGCACUUCUGGAUAAAGACAAUCCCAUUACGAGUAUCCAGCAACUGUUUCAAAAUGUUGGUAUUACGCAGGAAGUAUGGGAGAAAGCACUUAAAUGUGUUGAAAAACGCAUGCAAAUUGUCCUGCAAAGAGAUGUCAAUGAAAUUUGGAUUAAUCCAUAUAAUCCACUUUUGUUGAAAUGUUGUAAUGCCAACAUGGACAUCCAGUAUGUGGUUGAUGUAUAUGCUUGUAUUGUUUAUAUUAUAAGCUAUAUGUCCAAAUCUGAGAGAGAGAUGGGGCUGUUGUUGAAACAAACACAUCAAGAGGCCACAAAACAGGGAAAUGCUGAUGCCAAAGAAGCUAUGAAGAAGAUUGGUCAAGCCUACCUCCAUAACCGUGAUGUGUCUGCACAAGAAGCUGUGUACAGAAUCACUCAAAUGCACCUCAAAGAAUGUUCAAGGAAAGUUGUGUUUAUCCCCACAGGUGACACAAUUUUCAAACUCACCAAACCACUAAAUGAACUGAAAAAGUCAGGAAACAAUGACAUUUGGAUGACUGGAUUUGUGGAUCGAUAUAAGAACAGACCACAGAAUGACACUUUUGAUAAUAUGUGUAUAGCCACAUUUGCUUCAGAGUAUCGUGUGUUAAGUACAUCAGAAAAGAAAUCCAAAAAUGUGAUUAAGUUACAGAAUUCAUGUGGAUAUAUUUCAAAGCGAUUCAGAACCAAACCUGCUGUUGUGCGCUAUGCACGGUUUUCAGAAACAAAGAAUCCUGAGCUAUAUUACAAAAGCCUGUUACAGCUGUUUUUUCCUUAUCGUCAUGAUAACGACCUGAAACCUUCAUCAUUUCAUUCUUUUGAACAGUUCUACAAAGAAGGCACAGUGCAGCUUGGCAACCAGACCGUUUCAGUGAUGUCAAUUGUGAAUUCAAAUAGAUCUCACUAUGACAUUGAAACUGAAGAUUUGGAAGACAUUAAAAAUAAUCUGGACUCUAAUGAAAUAUUAGAGGAUGCUUGGGCCAUGCUUUGUCCUGAGCAAGAAGCAGAACGUUUGGAAGCCACUGAUGACCUUGCACAGAGUAAACUGGAUGAUGAAGACCCCUUGCCCCAUAUUCCAGAUUUGGGGAUAGCUAACAGAGAAACUGCUCAUUUAGAAAAACAACACAAUGCGAUGACUCGAGCUGAAGGUUUAGAUUUAAUUCGAUCUUUAAAUGACAUCCAGCUGUCUAUAUUUUUCAAAGUACAAAAAUGGUGCAUACAAAAAGUCAAUGGAAAUGAUCCAGAACCUUUACAUGUGUUCAUCACUGGUGGCGCUGGCACAGGGAAAAGCCACUUGAUUCGGGCCAUUCAGUAUGAAGCCAAUUGUCUGUUUGCUCCAAUGCGACGCCACCCAGACAACAUGAGUGUCUUAAUAACAGCACCCACUGGUAUGGCAGCAUACAAUCUAAAUGCAUCUACAAUUCACAGUGCAUUUAGCAUUGGAACAGAUGUGACACUUCCCUACAUACCAUUAGGUGAAGAAAAACUAAAUUCUCUCCGUUCAAAAUAUAUUGACCUUAAGUUAGUAAUCAUUGAUGAAAUAUCAAUGGUUUCUCAUAAACUGCUCACAUAUAUACAUGGACGGCUGAGGCAAAUCAAGCAAAGAGGUGAUGUUUCCCCUUUUGGAAAUGUCAGCCUUAUAGCAGUUGGUGAUUUCUAUCAGUUACCACCAGUUAUGGCAAAAGGUUUGUACACUGACAAUCUACCUGUGAACUUUUGGUCAAAUUUCCAAAUGGCUGAACUGAAAACAAUUGUCAGACAGAAGGAUACCACAUUUGCAGAAUUACUGAACAGAUUAAGAACACGAUCGAAAGGGACACCCAUGCUUCAUGAUGACAUCCACAUUCUACAAAGUCGUGAAACUGGAGAGGAGUCUUCUGCUCUACAUAUUUUUCCAACAAAUUCACAGGUAAAUGAACAUAACUUUAACCAGCUCCAAGCCACUUGUCCUGACUAUCAAACAAUAGAUGCACAGGACUAUCACUACAACAGGAAAACUGGAAAAAUGGAAAGCAAAGUCACACCUCACAGUAAAGACAACCUCACCAGUCUGCAGAAACAGCUAUUUUUGGGUGUUCCUGCUAGAGUUAUGCUGUGUAAAAACAUUGAUGUGGAAGAUGGAUUAGUCAAUGGAGUCUGUGGAACUGUAACACAUAUUAGUGAAACAGAAAUAAAUGGACUUCCUGAAGCUGUGUAUGUUCAGUUUGAUGACAUCAAUGUUGGUACACAGAGACGAAAGAAGUACCCAUCCACUGCACCUGCUUUAAUAAACUCAACACGGAUACAGCCAGAGGAGGAAAGGGCUAACAGCAAAGGGGGAAAACGUCGUCAGUUUCCUCUUGCACUUGCCUGGGCUGUUACAAUCCACAAAGUACAAGGCCUGACUGUUGACAAUGCUGUGGUGUCGCUAAAGCAAGUGUUUGCCUCAGGACAAUCUUAUGUGGCUUUAAGUCGUGUAAGAAGUCUAGAUGGCCUUAUUAUCCAGGACUUUGAUGAGAAGGCUAUUUAUUGUAAUGACGAGGUAAAACAUGCCUUGGAAGCUAUGCCACGCUUCUUGGACGAGAAUGUGUCACAAGCCAAACAGUCAGCUGAUGUGUUAACCUUGUUUUUGAUGAAUGCUCAGGGUUUAGUAAAACAUGUACCUGAUUUGGUGUCAGUCACACAGCAUUUACAGCCUGACUGUAUAGCUGUGACAGAAACAUGGUUAACAUCUCAGUCUGCCCUUGAUAUUGUUGACAUAGACGGUUACAGUUUUCACAGCUGUCCACGAAGUCUGGCAUAUGAACACAGCAAGCAUCCGGCUCUUACUACACUCAAAAGUCAACAUCACGGUGGAGUGGGUAUAUACUGCUCCUGCAACACAAAUUAUCACCUUCCUGAUGUACCCCAAUUUAAUUUGGAGUGCUUAAUUUACAAAAAUGUAAAUCAUCAGGUUUUAGUUGCAGUUGUGUAUCGUCCACCAACAUAUCCCAUGUCUGUGUUCAAGCAGAAUUUGAAAAAUCUGCUAACUUGGCUACAGGCACAAAGUCAGUCCAUUGUGGUUAUGGGAGAUUUCAAUGACGACAUAUUGAAAUCAUCAUCACUGUGCAAUUUCAUGAGCAGUUAUGGAUAUGUUCAAAAUGUCACAUCUCCAACUACAGAACGAGGCACUUUGAUUGAUCAUGUCUAUGUCAAAUCUGAACAAUAUGAGAUUUCAUCAGAAGUUGUUCCAACAUAUUUCAGUGAUCAUCAGGGCAUAGCCUGCUCUCUUAAGCUGAAGUCUGUGUAG